AUGACGGACGAAACAACGCCGCUAACCGAAGCCGUUGCCGGUGGCUCAGGAUAUGUCGCCCUGCCGCCGUAUCAAGGACCCGACCGCGUUUUUCCCGGUGGUGUUUCUCCGCGCUCGCGACGCAACAAGAUGCGCCAGUUUCAGUGCUGCAUGGGCAUUACUUUUAUAGCAAUUGUAAUCACCGCCCUGUGCCUCGCCCUCGUAUUCAGCGAUUCCCUUGGCGCUGCGGACGGCGGUCCCAGCUUUUUCUUCGUUGUCAAUGAAACGGAAAUCGAGUUGCCGCCAAACCAACCACUGCCAGACGAACCGGCGGCAGAUUGGGCCCUCCAGCAAGCGGCACUGGGUCACCACGAUGGCGCCCAGGCGGUGAGUGCUGGGAUCAAAGCUCUGGGGGAUCGGGAGAUACUGGAGGAGGGUUUGCAGCCCAACGAGGUGAAUACGCCGGCCUUUCGACACUAUCGCUCGUUGAGCACGAAUCCAGAGGCUAGGAAACUGGCCCGACGUGGCUAUGUGGAGAACCAGGCCACCAUGGACAUAGCCAAGAGAUUCAACUACACCAAGCAGCCGGGGCGCAGCAAUAUUGGCUGGGGACCCAAGAUAGUUUUGCCGGAUCCCACGGUUCUGCGAUUGGAUUGUGACUUUAAUGCCCGCUACAGAAGAUCCACGGGAGUUUGUAAUAAUAAGAAACAUCCCAGGACCUUUGGAGCCUCCAUGGUUCCCUACCGUCGCAUGGUGUCUCCGGAUUACGCGGAUGGCAUUGCUGCUCCCCGGGUUAGUCAUCAUGGAAGCCUGCCUCCUGCUCGCCAAGUCUCCCUGAAGAUUCAUCGUUCCAGCUACGAGACGGACUCGAAUUUCACCGUCAUGCUGGCCGUUUUUGGCCAGUUUAUGGACCACGACAUCACAGCCACCUCGCUGACCACUUCGCAGGAGGGCGAGUCCAUCGAUUGCUGUGUGCCUGCCACCCGGGAGCAGCAUCCGGAAUGCUUUCCCGUGGACAUCCUGCCCGAUGAUCCCUACUACCGGCAGUACAACAUUAGUUGCAUGAAUUUCGUGCGAUCUGCUCCUGCGCCCACGGGAAGAUUCGGUCCACGGAUGCAGCUCAACCAGGCGACGGCCUUCAUCGAUGCCUCCGUGGUCUACGGCAAUCUGGAGCAGCGGCAGAAUCAGCUGCGCAGCUUCAUCAACGGAUCGCUGAGGAUGUAUCUCACGGACGAUGGUCGCCAGUUGCUGCCCAUCUCCUCGAAUCCGGCGGAUGGUUGCAAUCGAGUUCAGAUGACUAGGUUGGGAAAAUACUGCUUCGAGUCUGGCGAUGAUCGGGCCAAUGAGAACCUGCUGCUCACCUCCAUGCAUCUGCUGUGGGCCAGGCAUCACAACUAUUUGGCUCGCCAGUUGCAGGCGGAGAAUCCCCACUGGGAGGAUGAGCGGCUGUAUCAGGAGGCCCGCAAGAUACUGGGUGCCCAAAUGGCGCACAUCACGUACAAUGAGUUUUUGCCCGUGCUGCUGGGAAGGAAUCUCAGCGAGGCCAAGGGUUUACUCCCUGCCAAGCACAAUCUGAAUGCUCCGGACACCUAUGAUCCCGAGGUGGAUCCCAGUAUUGCCAAUUGCUUUGCAGCAGCCGCCUUUCGCUUUGCCCACACCCUUCUGCCGGGAUUGUUCAAUGUCUCCAGGGAUAACAGUAGUCCCGAGGCCAUCGAGCUGCACAAGAUGCUCUUCAAUCCGUUCUCCCUCUGGGCGGAGCAUGGCAUUGACCACGCCCUGAGGACAGCAGCCGAUACGCCGGUGAUGCAGGUGGAUCGCUUCUUUUCACUGGAGGUCACCCAGAAGCUCUUCGAAGGCACCGCCGAGGAUAGGGUGCCUUUGUGCGGCCUGGAUCUGGUCUCGCUAAACAUUCAAAGAGGUCGGGAUCAUGGGAUACCCUCGUAUCCAGUCUUCCGGCGACACUGUCGUCUCCCGCCGGUGGACACGUGGGAGCAGAUGUCCCAGGCCAUAGACAACGCUACUUUGGCUACCAUCAGGCAGAUUUACGAAUCUCCCCAGGAUGUGGACGUCUACACGGGUGCUCUUAGUGAGCCACCACUGGGAGGAGCCAUCUUCGGUCCGCUCCUCAGCUGCAUGGUAUCAGAUCAGUUCCUACGCCUCAAACUGGGCGACUCCCAUUGGUAUGAGCGGAAGAUGGGGCCACAGAAGUUCACCAAAGCUCAACUGGCGGAGAUUUACAAAACCAGUCUGGCUGCCAUCAUCUGUCGCAAUUCAGAUGGAAUAACCCGAGUGAGGGAGCAUGUCAUGCAGCGACUGCGGGAUAAAGGCAAUCCCCAAGUGAACUGCCAGGACUUGGAGGGAUUCCAUUUCAAUUUUGAGCCCUGGUCUGAGAGCAGGCAACCACAAGAACUGCAUAGUACAGGAAUAAAUAGGGGAUCCACUUCGGUGCGGGUGAUGUCUAAUAUUACGGCAAAGGGAAACCAUCGAACAGCCAAUGUUACUCUUCAUAUUGAUAAGGGCAUCUAAUAAAGAAAAUAUAACCGUCUAAAAAAUAUUUAAAUAAAAAGACAUAUUUCGACAACUGUUUGUAAGCAGGGAAGUCAAAAGAGAACAACCAUAAUUCCUUAUAACUAUUAAGAUAAGUAAGAAAUGUACACUUAAAUAAAAAUAGUUUCAGAAAAUUAA